UCUAGCUGUAUUUACAUGCUUGCUACUGCGUUGGAGCAUUCGACACGCCCUGCAACUAGAAAAGACGCUGUGCAAGUGCAAACGCGUUAUCAGUAUUCUCUUCGUGAGUUGGUGCCAAGGUCAGACGUUUGCGGAGCAGUUGUGAAAAACCCAAAGAAAAACAAUUCCAAAAUGGCUAUGUCAGGGAUUUCCGUCUCAAAGGAAGCAAUUGAAAUAUAUAAGACCAAGUUUCAACCUGAGAAAACAACAAUGGCUAUAUUGAUUUUUGGUGUGGUUGAUGAAAAGGAAGUUCAGGUUGUGAAGGAAAUCUACCCAGAAGAGGUUGAUGCAAAAUUAGCAGAAGCUAUUGCAGGAGGUUUCAAGCAAAAAAGUCAUAAUGGAAAACCUGAACCCAAUAACAUGGCCUAUAUCCGAUACUUGUUUUUGAAAGACCAGACACCACAAUAUGCUGUAGUGAAGUUAAAGUCAUUAAGUGACCUUACUGUGUUGGCUUACCUUGCAUGGAUCCCAAUUGAGUGUACUGUCAGGCAACGUAUGGUGGCAUCUACAGUAAAAGAAGAAAUUUAUAAAAAGCUUGAUGGCACUAAAAUCAAUGCAGCAUGCCAUGAUGAAAGUGAUCUUGACUACAUAGACAUUCUUGGUAGACACAAGUGAAGAGUUUGUCAAAGAAAAAACAUUUUUUUACAAAGUGCUUGGAAAUUGCUGUUGAUAAAUGUUCUGGACAAGGUAUAUUUGAUUAUCCUGUAUUCCAAAGCAGCCCUGUCUUUGCGAAUGUUCCAAGACUUACAUCAUCCUUUAUGAAAUAAACAAGUUAUAGAUGUGACCUUUUCUAUGAAUCGUUCUUAAUUUUACCAUGAAAAACAUUUUGGGAAAA